AUGAGCAUGUUCGCAGUCAUCAAAUUGCUUCCUCGUCUACAGUCGCUACAGUCUUCUUCGCAGGUGGCGGUGCAAGCACAGCCUCAGUGGUGGUGGCGGCAGCCGUUUACCACCACUGUUGCGAACAACCCCACGGUUGUUGCCACGACCACGCGUAUGGAGUCCAGCAUUGGGGCUUCUGCACAGACCAUCACACCGACUUCUGUCCCCAUUGCGAGCCCUUCGCAACCUCAAACCACGGAGACCACUUCCACGGGUAUGAGCAUGGCCAACCACCGCACUCCAUCUCUUCGACUGUCUCUUUGCCUUGCCUACAACUGA